GAUAUGUCAACAUUCACCUCCACGCAUCACCCGAUGUUCGUGAAGAGAAGGUACCAAGUUUGAGCAAUGUCUUCCUUCCGAUUCGCGUCCUCCAUGAUCCAAUUUGGGGAAGAACGACUAGGUCGUGAUCCGCACCAUUGACAAUCGUGCUUUCCCUUUUCAGCAGCCACGAGUCACGAUGCACUUUGUACAAACAGGCCUCGUACCAACCUGUGAUUCUUCUUAUCUUUCUGCUUUCCCAAAUAUUGUUCCAGACCUAAGAAAAAUUGUGGGAGCCAACAUAGACGUCACUAUGAACGAGCUCAGUGACAACUCUGAUGCUGAAGAUGGCGAUGUCUCUCUGAUCGAUUACGCCAGAUAUUACGGCCUGUCCAGAGACUACAAGUCUAUCUACCCUUUGUCGUCCCAAAUUCUGCAGUCUAUCCUAGCCUGGGAGACAUUUCAUCUGGACUUCGAUCAACUCCCGGACUUUGACCUUCCAAGUGAGGUCGAUCUGGACGAGAAAUGGAUCAUUGACCGUCAAAGCGCAUCAUUUCUCAUGCAAAUCGCUUCGCCGGAGGUCCCCCUUGUCAUUGAGAUUACGCGACGACCGAACAAGUCUGUCGAAUUCAAGGUCGAGCAGCAACUCUUGCCGACAGACCCAGAACUUGAGCAGCGCCGGUUCAUGCGCGCACGACGUUUAGGACAGCACACGGGACUGCAGAAGAUACCAUCUGAGGCGCUGUGGCAAAGUGGUGAAGAAGCACAACUUCAAUGGCCUAGUCCCGACUUGCCGGAAGAACUACUUGAACAGAUUAAGCAAGAGAAGCUGCAGCUUGAGAGAAGUGACACAAUCUUCUUACAGCAAUGCGUCUCCAUCCCUGAGAAACCCGAGCAAGAUGACAUUGGUAUGCCACCACGUCCAAAGGUAAGCUACCCACCCGUUCCUAAGAUAAUCAACUCUAACAAGAACAGAUUCGAGAACAGUAUGCGGCUGCAAGGCAUUCGUCGCCGCUUCUGCCUUGCUCCUCACCAUUCCAAUUUGAUAUUCCAGAUUCUCCUGUCAGCCGUAUACAGUUGGCAACCAGUCCAGUAGAUCCUGUUAUGGCAGAGAUCACCAGAAUUGAAGCGUUCAUGGAUACAGACGACGGCUUCUCCCUAGAAGCUCUUUCGGACAUCUCAGAUUUCGACGAAAAUGCUUUCCGCGAGCCCUACUCAAGCU